CUUCCCCGAGCCAGGAUCACUCCACCCAAGUUCAGUUCACUGUCAGUGCCCCAGGAGUUAGGAGGGACAGACAAGGAGGAGUUAAUCACCAUUAGUCACCACGUGGCAGAGAUGUUCAGUUGAGAAUGAUUAUAUUACUACUGCUUCUGGCAGGAGGGACUUUGGGUGAUCCAACAGCAGGAGAGGCGACCACUAUCCCUCCGGCGGCUGUUGGGCCGUCCAUUGUUUCUGAAAAUCCUCACCAAUCGUCUGAUCUCGCUUUGGCGACCAACUUAGUCGAAAAUGCCGAAGAGUCGAAGAAAGUCAACGCCGCCGAGCCCGAGGAGGACUGGCCGGACUUCUCGUCGGCGGACGCACGUUUCAUAGCAAAUCACUAUAUUAUGGACAUCCCGCUGACCUCGAUCGCCAACGCGACGUCCAAUUUCAUAAAAUCACCUCGUAUGGCGUUCGGAAAGAAUUCGUUUUUGACCGGAUUCGGUCUCGGCUUCUUGGCGUUCGGCCUGAAGAAGCUUCUUCUUCCUCUGUUCAUCGGUGCGCAGAUAGUCAAAUCGGUCCUGGUCGCCCUUUUCCUCCCGACGAUCCUGAGCCACAUCGGCAAGCUCGUCGGCAAAGGGCUGACCAACGUGGCCACCCAGUCCGGCUCCUCCGGGUCUCACGACCAAGUGGCCGACUUCGAGUUCAAAGAUCCAACAGGAGGUGCAGGCGGCUACGACGCUGAGCCAGCAGGAUCCGAAGGGAUGGCCUCUUGGGCGAUGCCAGCCCAGAGCAACGCUCACGCCACCCUAGCUGCCCUCAACCCUGGAAGGACUCCUGGCUACCAGAUCGGUGUCCUUCCGGCGUCGUCGCUCGGCAAGCCGACGCAAACACUUACUGAAAGGUUCACGUCUAAGCUGCCGUCGCUGCAGGUGAAACAGCACUUCGGAAGCUUCUACUCGAAGGACCCCCAUUCGGACUUCAAGGUUUUUAACAAGAUACCCACAUCUUCCCAACUUUUGGCUCACUACGAUCCGUUUUAUUCUCCUCUUCUUUCGAGGCUGGACGCGGUUUUUAAGCAGCUUGGAACGACGUCAGAAGGAUGCAGGGAGCGUCUCGUGUGCGACAUGUACAGGAAUCCGGCUAAAUUCGCCCCUUUCAGCAACCUCGUCUCCGCCCAGCUGUCCAGGGAGCUUAACGAACUUCGUAAGCCUUCGUCUGACAACCCGGAGAUCCUGAGGUUCUUCAGGUACAUGAAAGCGGCCAAGGACGGCCAGGACGGCAUCAAAUGCGAAGCGGUCCACAACAUCUGCAUCGCGCCGACGACGAUCGCCGACAACUCUUCACCCAUGGUGACGACUUUCAACGACAUCAACAAGCUCGUACACGCGAGAAGCUUGAAAGCCCAACCAAUUGAAACGAUUGCUCAGUGAUGUAGUGUGUUUAUGAUUUCUGAUUUGUUAAAUUCUACCUGACGACGAAAUCCGAAUGAUUUGUCUGUAUAAUGAAUUGGCACACUUACGAAUCCUACGCGAUGACACCGAUUGAAGGCCUAAUAAAGCCUACAAGAGGGGGAAAAAACGUUGAUUCCUAAAAUCGACAUCGUGUUAUUAAUGACAGAUGUAAUUCUAUUUUCCGACGUAACGUCUCAUUUCUUUGACCUCCCCGACGUACUAUUUGGAACGUACAAACAGACCAUGAAAUUACAACAACAUACAACAUUAGAAAUCUAGUCAAAGCCUUCGAAAGCUGUUAAUGUAGAACACUUAGCUUCUAUAAAAUUGUGGUUGAACAACAUCGCCAGUUAUUUAUCAAAAUUGAACUUUAUCAAGACCGUACAUGACAUUUUUGAAAAUCGACCGACCAGAACGAUCACGCUAGAUGAAACGGAAAUAUUUCGUGCUCGCUGCUUUUUAUCCUGGACAUGACAACUUUCGAUCGAAAAGAUUUUCUUCACUUCUCAAAAUCUCUUGGGAUUUCGACUUACCUUAAAUCCGCGAGAGGGAAUUUCACGGCGGCUUGGUUCAUCUAGCCCGGCUGAAAUUUGGUGGUGGUAGUAGGGGAAACACAAAUAUUUGUGGUUUAUUAAUUUAUUUUUUAUUUAUUUAUUUAUCUAUGUGUGCAAAGUGCGGACGAAUGAUUUUUACAUUAGAACUAUUUCCUAGAGUUUGUGUAUUUAUAUUUGUUUUUAGCUGUAUAG